AUGCCGCUGCUGAUCUGCUGCAAGAUGCCGGAGCCCUGUGAGCCGCUGAGGCACGCGGACGGCCGCCGCGACCUGAUCGACUGCAUCGAUGAUGUCAGCAAGAACGGAACGCUCGAUGAAGUAUUCGGCAUCGAGCCACCCUAUACGCAUCACAGUGUUGUAGCAUAUGUCCACGGAGAGAAGUUCUUGUCAAACUUCGGUAAAUGCAACGAGUAUUGGUUAUCCCAUGCAAAU